AUGCCUACCGGGUGCGGUGUUUCGUUGUGCCCGAACCGGAGUCCCCUGUUCGUCCGAACUCCAAAUCUCCUGUACCAUCGACUACCGCGCGAGGAACCCCUCAGGGGUGCGUGGUGCCAGAGAAUCGGAAGGGAGGACCCAGGAACGUCUGAUCUUCGAGUGUGUUCCCAGCAUUUCGAUGGCGAACGGGACUACCACUGCAUCGCUAGCAUCCUUCGUGAUGCUGGGCAGACUACUAAGAAACGACACUUGAAGCCCGGUGUCGUUCCUUCUCUUCGCCUGCCCCCCUCCGCAAAGCCUCUUCUCCUCGCAGCGAAAGGCCCAACGCUGAAACGCCGAAGAACUAUGGGUGACAAGCCGAGUGAAGAGACGAACUGCGUCGAGAGCGAGGCAGCUUGCGAGCCUCGCGAGUACUGCUGCCACUGCGGUCCCCAAAUGGCCACCCGCGACGCGGCGGUUCAGGCCGUUCCAGAGCAGAAAGAGGCGCCUGCACAGACUCCGAGGCCGCCUACCGUGAAAGGCGCUUCUCUGGGAACGGACCCUUGGCUGGGGAAGCAGUCUGUCGGCACGCAGGACAACUUCUAUGCAAGAGCGCUGACAAGCCACUCUGUACAGACUGAGGACUUGCAGCUAGCUGGUGGCAGCAGCGACACCGAUGACAACGAGGACGAGGAUCCCACAUUUGAGCCGUUUGUCAGAGAGAGCGUUGUCGAGAAAAACACCACCACGGGUGCGGAGCCAGGGUAUAUGGAGCGAAAGUUCGUGGUGUUCGAGAGCUACCUCCUGCAACUCUUUGAAGUAUGCAAGUCUUGCUACAGCCCCUGCAAGGCAUCCAUCAAGUCCAAUGGUGCACUGAUCUCUGUGUACACCUCCUGCCCUGCUGGUCACACGAACCGCUGGGACAGCCAGCCCUACAUCAACGGCAGGGGGGCUGGAAACUUGCUCCUAACGUCCAUGGUCCUGUUUACGGGUGCCUCUCCCACCAAAACGCUGCGCCUGUUCCGGAUGAUGAACAUCCUAGUUUUCUCCGUGAAGACUUACUUCAACUUCCAGCGGGCCAUUUUAGUUCCAGCUGUUGAAGAGGUGUGGAGAGAUGAGCAGAAGCUGCUGCUGGACGAGCUCAGCGACCAGCCGCUUGACCUCGCUGGAGAUGGGAGAUGCGAUUCUCCAGGCUUCAGCGCCAAGUACCUCACAUACUCCCUGUAUGUUCCACGUGUAAACAAAAUCCUGCACUUUGAGCAGGUGCAGGUUGGAGAGUGUGAGGCGGUCCGCUGCAGUGGGCAGGUGGAGAAGGAAGGCCUCCUGCGCUCCCUGGCCUUCACAAGGGACGAAGGGCUCACGGUGCGGUCCCUAACCACCGACAGGCACCGCACCAUUGCGAAGCACCUGAGGGAGAAGGAGCCGGACAUACUCCACUUCUUCGAUGUCUGGCAUGUCUCUAAAAGUAAAUGUCAUUUGCUCUGGACCAGCUCAACUUUGCAAACAAACAGCCUACACUGCUCGUCAACAUGGCAAAAGUGGGGUUUUGGCGACCCAAGCAAUGUCCUACUUGUUGGGAAACAGAGCCCUUUGUCAUUGGGUGGGAAUGUUCAAUGUGAGCAAGCUUUCUAA